AAGCGCAAACGUGGACUAGUUUUCUCGGCGGAGGUACGGCCGGUUUCACGAUUUACUCCUGUGUGGGGGUGAGUCUGAAUGGGAGCCGCAGUCGGCGUGUGAGAGUGAGACUAGAACGUCUCCCUGUUUUCUUCACGCGCCUUUUCCAGUUUUUAAGGGAGCUUGGGAGCGAACACUUAUCAAGAUCGCCUCCAAAUCCUCCCUGGCUGCCCCCUUUCCCUUUUCCUUUCUGCGAGGAGCCUUUUAGUGGAAAAACGUCUCGAAAUGGCCCAGAUACUGCCCAUACGUUUCCAGGAACAUCUGCAGUUGCAGAACCUGGGCGUGAACCCAGCCAACAUUGGCUUCAGCUAUUUGACCAUGGAGUCUGACAAGUUCAUCUGCAUCAGGGAGAAGGUGGGCGAGCAGAACCAGGUUGUCAUCGUGGACAUGUCUGACCCCACCAACCCAAUUAGGCGACCCAUUUCAGCUGACAGCGCCAUCAUGAACCCCACCAGCAAAGUCAUCGCCCUGAAAGCUGCUAAGACGCUGCAGAUCUUCAACAUUGAAAUGAAAAGCAAGAUGAAGGCCCACUCUAUGACGGACGAGGUCAUGUUUUGGAAGUGGAUUUCAGUAAAUACUGUUGCCUUGGUGACAGAGACAGCUGUCUAUCAUUGGAGCAUGGAGGGGGAUUCCCAGCCAAACAAAGUAUUUGAUCGGCACGCCAGUCUGGCUGGAUGUCAAAUCAUCAACUACAGAACUGAUGAACAGCAGAAGUGGCUGCUGUUGAUUGGGAUUUCUGCACAGCAAAACCGUGUGGUUGGGGCAAUGCAGCUGUACUCCGUGGAAAGAAAAGUGUCUCAGCCUAUCGAAGGUCACGCUGCUGCCUUCGGGGAGUUCAAAGUGGAGGGGAACGCCAGUCCGUCCACGCUUUUCUGCUUCGCUGUGCGAUCACAAGCGGGUGGGAAGCUGCACAUCAUUGAAGUGGGUCAGCCAGCUGCAGGAAACCAGCCAUUUGCAAAGAAAGCAGUGGAUGUGUUUUUCCCUCCAGAGGCCCAGACAGACUUUCCUGUAGCCAUGCAGAUCGGAAGUAAACACGGUGUCAUAUAUUUAAUCACCAAGUAUGGUUACAUUCACCUCUACGACCUGGAGUCAGGAGUGUGCAUCUACAUGAACAGAAUCAGUGCUGAAACUAUUUUUGUCACGUCGCCACAUGAAGCCAGCUCGGGAAUCAUUGGAGUCAAUAAAAAGGGACAGGUCUUGUCAGUAUGUGUUGAAGAAGAAAACAUUGUCAACUACGCCACAAAUGUCCUGCAGAAUUCAGAGCUGGCCUUAAGGAUGGCUGUGAGGUCCAACCUUGCUGGUGCUGAGGAACUUUUUUCAAGGAAGUUCAACACUCUGUUUGCCCAGGGAAGUUAUUCAGAGGCGGCAAAGGUUGCUUCGUCGGCACCAAAGGGUGUUUUGCGGACUGCCGAGACCAUCCGCAAGUUUCAGAGUGUCCCGGCCCAACCGGGCCAGGCAUCUCCACUGUUACAGUACUUUGGUAUUCUGUUGGACCAGGGUCAACUCAACAAAUUCGAAUCCCUGGAGUUGUGCAGGCCUGUCCUGCAGCAGGGCCGCAAGCAACUACUGGAAAAGUGGCUGAAAGAGGACAAGCUGGAGUGCUCAGAGGAGCUGGGGGAUCUGGUGAAGGCUUCAGACCCAACCCUCGCUCUUAGCGUGUACCUCAGAGCCAAUGUUCCCAACAAGGUCAUUCAAUGCUUUGCAGAGACUGGACAGUUCCAAAAGAUUGUAUUAUAUGCCAAAAAAGUUGGCUACACCCCUGAUUGGGUGUUUUUGCUGAGGAACGUGAUGCGUGUCAAUCCGGACCAGGGACUGCAAUUUGCCCAGAUGCUAGUCCAGGAUGAAGAACCGCUGGCCAACAUUAACCAGAUUGUGGAUGUGUUCAUGGAAGGCAGCCUGAUCCAGCAGUGCACAUCCUUCCUAUUGGAUGCUUUAAAAAAUAACAGGCCAGCUGAAGGACACCUACAGACACGUCUCCUUGAGAUGAACCUCAUCCAUGCGCCACAGGUGGCAGAUGCGAUCAUGGGGAACCAGAUGUUCACACACUACGAUCGUGCUCAUGUUGCUCAGCUGUGCGAGAAGGCAGGCCUUCUGCAGAGAGCUCUGGAGCACUACACUGACCUUUACGAUAUCAAGCGAGCUGUGGUGCACACACAUCUGCUCAACCCUGAGUGGCUACUAAACUUCUUUGGCUCUUUGUCAGUGGAGGACUCUUUGGAGUGUUUAAGAGCCAUGCUGUCUGCUAACAUUAGACAGAACCUGCAACUCUGUGUGCAGGUAGCAUCCAAAUAUCACGAGCAGCUGGGAACUCAGGCUCUUAUGGAACUCUUUGAGUCCUUCAAGAGUUACGAGGGGUUGUUUUACUUCCUCGGUUCAAUUGUGAAUUUCAGCCAAGAGCCUGAUGUUCACUUCAAGUACAUCCAGGCGGCUUGCAAGACUGGACAGAUCAAAGAAGUUGAGAGGAUCUGCAGGGAGAGCAAUUGUUACGAUCCGGAAAGGGUUAAGAAUUUCCUCAAGGAAGCCAAGUUGACAGAUCAGCUUCCUCUCAUUAUUGUUUGUGACCGCUUUGACUUUGUCCACGACUUGGUACUCUACCUCUAUCGCAACACUCUACAGAAAUACAUUGAAAUCUAUGUACAAAAAGUUAACCCUAGUCGAUUACCAGUAGUGAUAGGUGGCCUGCUGGAUGUGGACUGUGCGGAAGAUGUCAUUAAGAACUUGAUCAUGGUGGUCAGAGGGCAGUUUUCCACUGAUGAGCUUGUAGAUGAGGUGGAGAAAAGAAACAGGUUAAAACUCCUGUUACCAUGGUUGGAGUCGCGCAUUCACGAGGGCUGUGAGGAACCAGCCACCCACAACGCUCUGGCCAAGAUUUACAUCGACAGCAACAACACACCUGAACGCUUUCUUAAAGAGAACACUUUCUAUGACAGCGCUGUGGUGGGACGCUACUGCGAGAAGCGGGACCCUCACUUAGCCUGUGUGGCUUAUGAGAGAGGGCAGUGUGACAUGGACCUCAUCAAGGUCUGCAAUGAGAAUUCUUUAUUUAAAAGCGAGGCCCGGUAUUUGGUGCGACGGAAAGAUCCAGAACUUUGGGCCAGUGUGCUGGAAGAGAACAAUCCUUACAGGAGGCCCCUCAUUGAUCAGGUGGUACAAACUGCACUAUCAGAGACCCAGGACCCAGAGGAGGUGUCAGUAACUGUCAAGGCAUUCAUGACUGCUGACCUACCCAACGAGUUGAUUGAACUUCUGGAGAAGAUUGUCCUUGAUAACAAUGUUUUUAGUGAACACAGAAACCUUCAGAACCUGCUAAUUUUGACUGCCAUUAAAGCGGACCGCACACGUGUGAUGGAGUAUGUCAAUAGACUAGACAACUACGACGCCCCGGACAUUGCAAAUAUUGCUAUCAGCAAUGAACUCUUCGAGGAGGCUUUUGCCAUUUUCAAGAAGUUUGACGUCAACACGUCAGCCAUCAUGGUAUUAAUAGAAAAUAUAGGAAACUUGGAUCGGGCCUAUGAGUUUGCUGAGCGGUGCAAUGAGCCUGCGGUAUGGAGCCAGUUAGCCCGGGCUCAGCUGCAAAGAGACCUGGUCAAGGAGGCCAUUGACUCGUAUAUCAAAGCAGUGGACCCCUCAGCCUAUAUGGAGGUGGUCAAUGCAGCCAGCAAAAACAACACCUGGGAAGACUUGGUCAAAUUCCUUCAGAUGGCUCGCAAGAAAGCACGGGAAUCAUACGUGGAAACGGAGUUAAUCUUUGCUUUGGCUAAAACAAACCGUCUUGCGGAGCUGGAGGAGUUUGUCAGUGGCCCUAACAAUGCUCACAUCCAGCAGGUGGGGGACAGGUGUUAUGAAGAGGAAAUGUAUGAGGCUGCUAAGCUCUUGUACAACAAUGUGUCAAACUUUGCUCGGCUGGCAUCCACACUUGUCCACCUUGGAGAGUACCAGGCUGCUGUGGACAGCGCCAGGAAAGCCAACAGCACACGUACUUGGAAGGAGGUUUGUUUCGCAUGCGUCGACGGCGAGGAAUUCCGUUUGGGGCAAAUCUGCGGCCUCCACAUUGUCAUCCAUGCCGAUGAAUUGGAGGACUUGAUCAGUUACUACCAGGACCGAGGCUACUUUGAGGAGCUGAUCGCUUUGCUAGAGGCAGCUCUAGGCCUGGAGCGAGCGCAUAUGGGCAUGUUCACUGAGUUGGCCAUUCUUUACUCCAAGUUCAAGCCUCAGAAGAUGAAAGAGCACCUGGAGCUCUUCUGGUCCAGAGUCAACAUUCCAAAGGUCCUGCGUGCAGCAGAACAGUCCCACUUAUGGGGCGAGCUGGUUUUCCUAUUUGAUAAGUACGAGGAGUACGACAAUGCCAUCAUUACAAUGAUGUCUCAUCCCACUGACGCCUGGAAAGAAGGCCUCUUUAAAGACAUCAUUGCGAAGGUAGCCAAUGUGGAGUUGUACUAUAAGUCUCUUUCCUUCUACUUGGAUUACAAGCCUCUUCUACUCAACGACCUGCUGACUAUUUUGUCUCCACGAUUGGAUCAUAAUCGAGCUGUCACCUAUUUCACCAAGGUGAACCAAUUGAAGCUAGUCAAGCCAUAUCUAAGGUCUGUCCAGAAUAACAAUAACAAGUCCGUCAAUGAAGCCCUUAACAACUUGCUGACAGAGGAGGAGGACUACCAGGGCCUGAGGGCAUCGAUUGAUGCCUAUGACAAUUUUGACACCAUCGGUCUCGCCCAGAGGUUAGAAAAACAUCAGCUGAUUGAGUUUCGACGCAUCGCUGCUUAUCUAUACAAAGGCAACAACCGCUGGAGACAAAGCGUUGAGCUCUGCAAGAAGGACAAACUCUACAAGGACGCAAUACUUUUUGCUGCUGAGUCGAAGGAUGCAGAACUCGCAGAAACCUUGCUGCAGUGGUUUCUUGAAGAGGGGAAGAAGGAGUGCUUUGCCGCCUGCCUCUUUGCGUCGUACGACCUGCUACACCCUGACGUGGUGCUGGAACUGGCAUGGAGGCACAACAUCAUUGACUUUGCCAUGCCGUACUUCAUCCAGGUCAUGAGGGAAUACCUCACUAAGGUUGAUGAAUUUGCGGCGAAGGUGACGGUGGACAAACUGGAGACAGCUGAAAGCCAGAGGCAAAGUGAAGAGGUGGUGACAGAAACUCAACCGAUGGUGUUCGGUCAGCAGCUGAUGCUGACCGGCUCUCCUGCUCCAGUGACGCCCCAGCCGGCGUAUCCGGGCUACAGCUACCCUGCCAAUGCUGCCGGUUACCCCACUCAGCCUGCCUACGGCUUCCCCAUGUAGAGGACCAAACCAUCCUCUUCCAACCCGUCGCUCACACUCGGUAGCUCAACCUCACUGAACCAAGCUGCUACGAGUCUCUGAACUGAAACCUCACCUGUAACCAGGCAUCGCACUGCUUCACUGAAACUGCAAUAACCCCUCCUCUUCUGGACGCCACAUCCAAUCUUCGCUAUAACGACCCUCCUCCUGUCCAUUUCUGCGCGCUGUUUGGACAGUUCAUUGAACUGCAGAGCAUGACCUCCCCACCGCCGCGUUGCUGUUACAUUCAGAUUUCUCGACAGUUCUGUCUCGGUUUUACAUAUGAUGACAUUUUUGCUGCCUUUCUUUCCGCAAAGCAUGACUCUACAGCUUUAUGUAUGCAGCAAGGGGGGAGGAAUCGGCUCGAUUUAUUCAUGUUGAAUCCCACAAUGUUCACGGAGUGUUUCCGUGCUAUUUUUUAAUUUUGUCAUCUCACACAAAUUGCUUUCAAUACAAGCCGGGGCCGUUAUUGUAGUGCGACCAGUGUGUGUGUGUGUGUGUGUUUAGCCCCAAAGCCUUUGAAAGACAUGGCAAGCAACCAUAUCCCACAAGACAACAUUUCCACCCUUCCAGCUGAAAAUCUCUAUCCUGGGUUAUAGCUGUUUGUAUUCAAAUCCUUUCGCAUUUCCCCAUUGAUUCCGUUUCAGGAGGAAAGAAAAAAAAAACAUAGUUGAAAGAUAAAUGCCCAGUUCUGCAGUCUGUGCAUGUGCUGCCAAAGUAUAAUGCUGCAAGCAGAGCACAAGUUUCAUGUUUCCCUUAAGUAUAUUGAGUAUUAACAUAUCCAAUUGAGGUUUUUCAAGAGACUACUAGUGUUAUUACAGUUGAACAAAGGAGGAGGAGCAGAAGAAGAGAAAUUGCUGUUGUCCUGAUGCCAGUCAGGUCAACAAUAAUCCUUGUACUGAAAGCAAUGUAUAAUUUAAGAGAUAAUUAAAUACUAAUCAAAGAAUAUUAUAACAAAAAACAUGUAUUGUCUAUAGUGUGUUAUUGUAGUCUGAAAAGCAUACUUUUGUAAGAAAAAUGACAAAAAUGCAAAAACAGCAGUUAUUAAAUGCUUUUGUGGAAAGUUUGGUGGUUUACAUUAGUUUACUUUUGACAAAUGAAGUUUACCCACAAUUUGUAAACUUGUUGAUUUUCAUCAGAACUUGUUGGUAAAGCACCCAGGUACUUGUAUUUGUAGGAAUAAAAACUCCCACUGGUCUCAAAAUUGGAGCCUAGCCCAGCUGACAGUGGGCAAGAGGCGGGUACAUGUUGGAUUGCUCGUUGGUCAAUUUAAUGGCACAUAUAUAACCAUUCACACAUCUAUUAGCAGUUUAGUCUUCAGUGAACAAUGCAUCUUUCUGAAUGUGUUGACAUAUGAAUGCUAGAAUCGAGUCAAACCUUGAAGAAAAAAAAAGACUUCUACCAGAAUUUUAUUCUGAAAUUUUCCAUUAUUGAGUAAGAAGUAGUAGAACAUGGGGUUUGUUUUUAUAAAAUGCUGUCAUUUCUCCCAGGAAUCUCUCCUGUGUGGACUCGUAGUGGGCAGAUCAUAUCUAAAAUGACGGAUUGCUGCCAUCUACAGGCAGUUAAGGGAAUAUAUACAGUUGUAUGAAAAAGUGAACCUUUUGGAAUUUCUCACAUUUCUGCAUAAAAUCACCAUCAAAUGUGAUCCGAUCUUUGUCAAAAUCACACAGAUGAAAAUACAGUGUUUUAACUACAACCACCCAAACAUUUAUAGGUUUUCAUAUUUUAAUGAGGAUAGCAUGCAUUGACAGAAGGGCGAAAAAUGAGUAGGUGAACCCUCAGCCUAAGGAGACUUAGGCCAUGUUCACACGUAGCAGGUUUUUUUA